UAGCCUAGCUCUUGGCUCUUGCAAGUUGUUGGUAACCUAGCUAGGUAGCUAGCUAGCAACAAUCUUUUGAUCUCACAUGGUGGGGAUGCGUGGAGCUUAUGGUUACAAUGGCAGCGGCAACGAGAGCGGAGGGGAGGUGGCGGUGACGGAGAUCGCGGCGAUGGCGGUGCAGCACAAGGUGUCUCCGCCGCCGGCGCAGAGCACGGCGAGCAAGAUGAAGGCGAGGGUGAAGGAGACCUUCUUCCCCGACGACCCGUUCAGGGGGUUCAAGGGGCAGCCGCUGCGGGUGAAGUGGCUCAUGGCGGUGCAGUACCUCUUCCCGAUCCUCGACUGGGUCCCCAGCUACUCCUUCUCCCUCUUCAAGUCCGACCUCGUCGCCGGCCUCACCAUCGCCAGCCUCGCCAUCCCUCAGGGCAUUAGCUACGCGAAGCUGGCAAGCCUGCCUCCGAUCAUCGGCCUGUAUUCGAGCUUCGUGCCGCCGAUGGUGUACGCGGUGCUGGGGAGCUCGCGGGACCUGGCGGUGGGGCCGGUGUCGAUCGCGUCGCUGAUAAUGGGGUCCAUGCUGCGGCAGGCGGUGAGCCCCGCCGCCGAGCCGCUCCUCUUCCUCCAGCUCGCCUUCACCUCCACCUUCUUCGCCGGCCUCGUCCAGGCCUCCCUCGGCAUCCUCAGGCUGGGUUUCAUCAUCGAUUUCCUGUCGAAGGCGACGCUGGUGGGGUUCAUGGCCGGGGCGGCGAUCAUCGUGUCGCUGCAGCAGCUCAAGGCGCUGCUGGGCAUCGUCCACUUCACCACCGAGAUGGGGCUCGUCCCGGUCAUGGCCUCCGUCAUCCACCACACCAAGGAGUGGUCGUGGCAGACGAUCCUGAUGGCCGUGUGCUUCCUGGUGCUCCUCCUCACGGCGAGGCAUGUGAGCAUGAAAUGGCCAAAGCUUUUCUGGGUUUCAGCUUGUGCUCCCUUGGCAUGUGUCAUCAUCUCUACUCUGCUUGUUUUCCUAUUCAAAGCUCAGAAGCAUGGCAUCAGCAUAAUUGGACAGCUCAAAUGUGGCCUGAAUCGCCCUUCAUGGGAUAAACUACUCUUUGAUCCUGCAUAUUUGGGCCUCACCGUGAAGACUGGCCUUGUCACUGGAAUUAUCUCACUAACGGAAGGAGUGGCAGUUGGUAGAACAUUUGCUUCACUCAAGGACUACCAGGUAGAUGGCAACAAAGAGAUGAUGGCCAUAGGAUUGAUGAACAUUGUGGGCUCAUGUACGUCCUGCUAUGUAACUACAGGAGCAUUCUCUCGUUCUGCUGUGAACCACAAUGCUGGUUGCAAGACUGCAAUGUCAAAUGUGAUCAUGGCACUAACUGUCAUGGUCACACUGUUGUUCCUCAUGCCACUGUUUGUGUACACGCCAAAUGUUGUUCUUGGAGCAAUCAUAAUUGCUGCUGUCAUUGGCCUAAUUGAUCUCCCUGCUGUAUACCACAUCUGGAAGAUGGACAAGAUGGAUUUCCUUGUGUGUGUAUGUGCAUUUGCUGGUGUUAUCUUCAUCUCAGUCCAAGAGGGCCUUGCAAUAGCGGUUGGCAUAUCAAUUUUUAGGGUACUGUUGCAAAUCACAAGGCCAAAGAUGAUGAUUCAAGGGAACAUUAAGGGAACAGAUAUUUACCGGAACAUCCAUCAGUACAAGGAUGCUCAAAGAGUUCCUGGGUUCUUAAUCCUGACGGUUGAGGCUCCUAUAAACUUUGCAAACACCAAUUACCUAAAUGAAAGGAUGAAAAGAUGGAUAGAGGAAGAAAGUUCUGCAGGAAAUAAACAAACUGAUCUCCAUUUUGUAGUUUUGGAUCUGUCAGCUGUCCCUGCAAUUGAUACAAGUGGCAUAUCAUUCCUCAUCGAUUUAAAAAAGUCAACAGAGAAACGUGGCCUAGAGCUCAUACUUGUGAAUCCAACUGGAGAGGUUAUGGAGAAAAUACAACGCGUGAACGAUGCUCAUGGCCAUUUCAAAUCGGAUAGCCUGUAUUUAACCACUGGGGAAGCAGUAGCUUCCCUUUCCGCAUAUUCCAAGAUGACAACGCCUUAGAUUUGAUUUCUGAGCUUGUCAUUUCUAUUAUUCUAACCGCAUGGCUAAGUUUGCAAUGCAAGAUUUCCCAUCCUGUUCUCAGAAAUGGAAGUGCCUCCAGCAAAGUAUUUCCAGUUAUGUUUGUAUUUCAGAGGUCUUCAGAACAAAGUUAUGCAAAUUUGACAGU